AGUGGACUACAUCAUAAUCAAAAAGAUUUUUGUAAGAAACUUGUGAGGAAUUUAGGGUGUUAUACUUAUGAAAAGGAGGAUUACAAUCCUAGUAAGGAGGAUUGUUUUAUUUUAUACUAUUGGAUAUAUAAUUCAGUAAAACAGUAUGGUGUUAAUUUUAAUAUUAUUACUCCAGUUUUUUAUAAUUAUUAUAGUAGAUUUUGUACGUACAAAAGAAAAGUUAAUUGUUUUUAUUAUAAUUAUUACGAUCAUUUUGAAGAACCAGUGAAGAUGAUAUUUUUGGACAUUUUCCAUCAUAAUAUAGAUAUUAUAAGAAAUGAGUUGAGUGGUCCAGAUAAUAAUAAUAAUUUGCAAAAGUAUAUUUGUAAAUUCAUUAAUAUAUAUAAAGAAAUGUAUAGAGAAUAUUGCAUAAAAAGGAUUAUAAGGAUCAAAAGGAAACAAACACAUGUAGUAUGUUAA